AUGACUCUAUUUGAUCCAUUGGGAUUGCUCUCACCGUUCCUCAUCCAUGGCAAAGUUCUUAUCCAAGACAUUUGGAGAGAAGGCACUGAAUGGGACGAACAAGUCAGCACAAACGUAUUUGCGAAAUGGCAGCGGUGGGUGCAGAUGAUUGAGUACAUCUCCGGGGUGCGCAUUCCUAGAUGUUAUUUCCACCAUGCGAAUCAUAAGACCUAUCACAACUCCGAGCUCCAUGUGUUCGUCGACGCAAGCGAGGUAGCGUACUCUUGUGCGAUCUAUCUGCGCACUCUUAGUUCAGAAAUGGGUCCGCUGUGCUGCUUAAUUGCUGCCAAAUCCAAAGUUGCUCCGCUAAAGCCGUGGUCUAUUCCCAGACUAGAACUACAAGGCUGUGUCUUGGGCGUACGUUGGUCGAAGUUCGUCCGAGAAAAUCACGGUAUUCCUGUAUCCAAGAUGGCGUCUUGGACGGAUUCCAGAACAGCCCUGGCCUGGAUCAUGGCCGACCCUAGGAGCUACCGACAAUUCGUGUCCUUCAGAGUAGGAGAGAUUCUGGAGCACACCACGGCAAGCGAAUGGCGAUGGGUGCCAUCAAAGUCAAACCCAGCAGAUGAAGCGACUAAAUGGGGCAGCGGUCCGUACUUCGACCCAAACAGUAAGUGGUUCCAUGGUCCGGACUUCCUGCGCCUACCGGAGGAAGAGUGGCCUCAUCCAAAAGAGCCGGUAAUGGUUACUACCGAGGAGAUGCGGGCAUCGAUUCUGCACCACUGUUCAUUCGAGCCGGUGAUUGACUUCGACCGAUUCUCUUCUUGGGAUCGGCUACUACGAGCAACCGCAUUCGCUCUCCGAUUCGUACGCAAUACGACCAAGAUGCACCUGAAAUACACAGGACAACUUCAGCAGUCUGAACUUCGAGCAGCAGAAACUACGAUAUGCAAGCUAGUGCAGUACGACUCCUACCCUGAUGAGAUCGCUGCACUGUCCAACAAGGUACCGAACGAAACCGGGCAGGAGGCUAUCGGGAAACACAGCUCCAUCUACCGAUUAAUGCCGAUUAUGGACGACAACGGGUUGCUACGUGAACGUGGCCGGAUCGGAGCAGCUGCAGACAUCGGCUACAACGUGUGUCAUCCAAUUAUACUGCCGAGAAAUCAUCAUAUCACGGAACUUCUCGUUCGUCGAUACCAUGAGCGAUACCGUCAUGGAAAUACAGAAACGGUGGUUAACGAGAUCCGCCAGCUGUACAGCAUUUCAAGACUGCGGGUGGACUAUUUCGGGCCGCUGCUGGUCAAGCUGGGAAGAUCAAACGUCAAACGCUGGGUCGCAUUGUUCACCUGUUUAACAAUACGUGCCGUCCAUCUCGAAGUCGCGUACACACUGUCAACCGAAUCCUGUAUUUCCUGCGUCCGCCGAUUCGUGGGUCGCCGAGGCCCACCCGCCGAAUUCUUCAGUGACAACGGAACAAACUUCCAAGGCGCUGACCGAGUGCUGCGACAUCAGAUUAGCCAGGGACUGUCCGACACCUUCACUAGUACCAAUACUAAAUGGAACUUCAUUCCGCCAGGAGCACCGCACAUGGGAGGAGCAUGGGAACGCCUGGUGAAGUCAGUAAAACCGCCAUGA